AUGGCGCUCAACGCGUCCUCCCACAACUCGACCGGCGAGAAGACGACGCCAAACACUGCGCCGCCGCCCGAGCUCAGCUCAGACGUCAAGAAAGACAUCCUUGGCGCUGCCGAGAACGAGGCUACCGGCCAACAUGCGCCCGGCCGUGAGAACGACAAGGGCGUAGAGAAGAAGGAGAAGUCCGCCAAGGAACUAGAGAAGGAGCGCAAGAAGGCGGAGAAGGAUGCAAAGUUCAAGGCAAAGAAGGCAGCCGCUGCCGGUGCCUCCAAGGAUGCCGCCGCUCCAGCCAAAGAGAAGAAGAAGAAGGGCAAGGAGGAGGAGCAACUACCAGAAUACGUCGAAGAGACACCCAAGGGCGAGAAGAAGAGGCUGAGGCCACUAGACGACGCAUACACAAAGGCAUACAUACCCAAGGUCGUCGAGUCGGCAUGGGAUGCAUGGUGGGAUUCCCAGGGCUUCUUCAAGCCCCAGUUCGCCGAGAAUGGAGACGUCAAGGGGCCCGGUCACUUCGUCAUUCCUAUCCCGCCACCCAACGUUACCGGAAAGCUACACUGCGGUCACGCGCUCGCUACGAGUCUCCAGGAUGUCCUCAUACGGUGGCAUAGGAUGAGGGGCUACACCACCCUGUACCUGCCUGGUUGCGACCACGCUGGUAUCGCUACACAGUCCGUUGUCGAGAAGAUGCUCAAGCGGAGGGAGAACAAGACGAGAUACGAUCUUGGUCGCCAAAAGUUCCUUGAGCGGACUAUGGAGUGGAAGGAGGAAUACCAUCAGCAUCUCACCAACACCCUGCGCAGAAUGGGUGGAUCGUUCGAUUGGACACGCGAGGCCUUCACCAUGGAUGAGAACUGCUCCAAGGCUGUUACGGAAACCUUCGUGCGCCUGCACGAAGAUGGUUUGAUCUACCGCAGUAACAGAUUGGUAAACUGGUGUACGGCUCUCAACACAGCGCUUAGUACACUUGAGGUCGACAACAAGGAUCUGGCUGGACCUACCAAGCUAUCUGUGCCCGGGUACGAGAGGAUGGUUGAGUUCGGUGUUCUUACUCACUUCAAGUACGCCAUCGAAGGCACCGACCAGUUCAUCGAGAUCGCUACCACACGUCCCGAGACUAUGCUCGGUGACUCCGGUAUCGCUGUCCAUCCUAAGGACGACCGUUACAAGGACCUCGUCGGAAAGAAAGCCCGUCACCCCUUCAUCGACCGUCUCAUGCCUAUUGUCGCUGACGACUAUGUCGACCCUGAGUUUGGUACCGGAGCUGUGAAGCUCACUCCAGCGCACGACCCCAACGAUUUCAACCUUGGAAAGAAGCACGGUCUUGAGUUCAUCAACAUCUUGAACGACAACGGAACUAUGAACAAGAACGCUGGUCAAUUCGAAGGCGCCAAGCGCUUCGAUGUCCGCUACACCGUUGUUGAUGCGUUGAAGAAGGCCGACCUCUUUGUGAAGACGGAGCCUAACCCCAUGAAGGUCCCGAUCUGCUCAAGAUCUGGCGACGUCAUCGAGCCUAUCAUGAAGCCGCAAUGGUGGAUGAAGAUGGACAGCCUAGCUAAGCCCGCUAUCGAAGCCGUCGAGAAGGGCGACAUCAAGAUCAGGCCCGCCACCUCCGAGAAGGUCUACAUGCACUGGAUGAACAACAUUCAAGAUUGGUGCUUGUCUCGACAGCUGUGGUGGGGUCACCAGGUUCCCGCGUACUUUGUUGAAAUCGAAGGUCAAGCGGGUGACCGAAGUGAAGAUGAGCUCUGGAUCACCGGCCGGACAGAAGAGGAGGCGCGGGCCAAGGCUGAGAAGAAGUUCCCGGGCAAGAAGUUCACGCUGUCACGGGACGAGGAUGUCCUUGACACAUGGUUCUCUUCCGGUCUGUGGCCAUUCUCUACCCUCGGCUGGCCCAACCAGACCGCCGACCUGGAGAAGCUCUUCCCCACAUCUGUUCUCGAGACCGGAUGGGACAUUCUUUUCUUCUGGGUUGCUAGGAUGAUCUUCCUCUCCUUGUACCUCACCGGCAAGGUCCCAUUCAAGGAGGUCUACUGCCAUUCGCUCAUCCGUGAUUCGGACGGAAGAAAGAUGUCCAAGUCGCUGGGUAACGUUGUGGACCCUGUUGAUAUCAUGGAUGGUAUCACUCUGCAGAAGCUACACGACCAGCUUCGCGCUGGUAACCUUGAUCCCAAGGAGUUGACCAAGGCGGAGAAGUAUCAGAAGACAGCCUUCCCUCAGGGUAUCCCCGAGUGCGGUGCUGAUGCGCUGCGCAUGGCACUUGUUGGGUACACCACAGGAGGAGGUGACAUCUCGUUCGAUGUUAACGUCAUCCACGGAUACCGAAGGUUCUGUAACAAGAUCUACCAGGCCACAAAAUACGUCAUUGGACGUCUGGGAGACAACUUCACACCACGAGAGAAGGUCACAAAGGGAGGCUCAGAGUCACUACCUGAGCGAUACAUUCUGCAUCAGCUCAAUGUCGCUUCCAAGAAGAUCAACGACCACUUGGAGGCACGCGAGUUCAGUCUGGCUACCCAGGCUGCCUACAAGUACUUCUACGUCUACCUCUGCGACACCUACAUCGAGAACAGCAAGGCCAUUUUCGACGAAGGCAGCGAAGAGCAGAAGGAAAGCGCGAAACAGACGCUCUACACCUCCAUCGAGGGAGGACUGAACAUGAUCCACCCCUUCAUGCCCUUCCUCACCGAAGAGCUAUGGCAGCGUCUCCCCCGCCGUCAAGGCGACUCCACCCCCUCCAUCACCAUCGCGCCUUUCCCCCAGUACAAGCCAGAAUUCGAAGACGAAACCGCAAACGCCGAAUACGAGCUCCUCGUCGACAGCGCUAAGGGUCUCCGUUCCCUAACCGCCGAAUACGCCAUCAAGGAAGGCGCAUCCACCUACAUCAAGUCCCUGGACGACUCUACCCACGCCACCCUCUCAACCCCCACCUCCCUCCCCUCCAUCCGCUCCCUCGCCGGCAAAACCGUCGCAGACAUCAAAAUCCUAUCCCCCACCGACUCCAUCCCCUCCGGCUGCGCCGUCUACACAAUCGGCACCGCCGCGACCGCGUACCUUGACGUCAAGGGCCGCAUUGAGCUCGACAAGGAGAUUACCAAGGCUCAAGACCGCCUCGUCAAAGCCAACGAGACGAUUACGCGCCAGAAGAAGAUUAUGGAUGAUGAGUGGGAGCAGAAGGUUAGUGAUGCGGUCAAGGAGCAGGAGAAGGAGAAGCUGAGGACUGCGGAGCUGGAGGCCAGGAAUUGGGAGGCGAGUAUUGAGCAGUUUCAGAAGAUGAAGAUUGAGUAG